AUGAAGCCUGUCCCAGCAGCUGCUCAGGACAAACAGGACAUGGAGAAAGGGAGCAAAGGAGGAGGAGAGUUCUUCCCACCGCUGACACAUCCCAGGAGCCCCGAGAGGCUCCUUCCUCCUGCUGAGCUUUCAGAGCAGCUCGGAAACGAGACCCCCGAGCUGGGCGAGUGCUCGGCGUGGGGAACAAACCAGUCCUGGGGGUCCGGACCGGCGCUGACCCGGCUUCAGCUAAGGGGAGGGAGCCGCAAGCGCCGCUCACGCCCCGGCUCUGCCUUUCCCGGUGCUGUGGAGCAUCCCCGGAACUUCUGCCUGGAGCGGGGGACGGCAGGGGCCCCGUACCCUUCCCGGGGCUUUUCUCUGCGAGGAUCUUGCACACACCCCCCCAUCCCACCCCAACACAAUCGCCCUGGCAGGACGGAGCCGCCGCCGCCUCGGGGACACCCGGCGGGCGCUGCCCGGCCCCGUCCCCUGCUUCCCGUCCCAUCCCGGCCCCCCCCGUCCCGUUCCGGCAGCGUUCCCCGAGCCGCCCCCCGCCAGCCCCCUCCCCCGGCCCAAGAGGCGGAGGGAGCCAGCCGAGGCCGGGGGUGGGGGGAGCUGGGGCUGCCCGCCCCCAGCUCGGGGCUGAGCCGCCGGCGGAGCGGAGCCGGGUCCCGGGAAGGAGGAGGGAAGGGAGAGUCGGUGCCCCCCCGGUGCCUCUGCCACUGCCCGGUGGACAUGGACGCCGGGUCGCUGGACGCAGCCGUGCAGGGUGCCCUCCAGGCUCUCUACCCACCCUUCGAAGCCACGGCCCCCACCGUGCUGAGCCAGGUGUUUCGGCUGCUGGAGACCAGCUUCCGUGGGGAUGGGCUCUGCUGCCUGCUCCACUUCCUCAUCCCGGCCAAGCGUCUCUUCGAGCACGUCCGGCAGGCUGCCUGCGCUCCCUACUUUAACUGCAUCUUUCUCCACGAGGGCUGGCCCUUGUGUCUUCACGAGAAAGUGGUCGUCCACCUGGCACCGCUCAACCCUCUGCUGCUGCGCCCUGGGGACUUCUACCUGCAAGCAGAGCCCUGCGAGGAGCACUCUGCCCGCAUCACCCUCAAACAUCUGUCCCGGGACUUGAGCACGGUGGAGGAGACGCCGGUCCCCGAGGCUGCCUACCCUCUGCUCUUCACCACCGAGUGGCUGGAGGAGAUCAACGGCUCCCGGGACACGGCGCCGCUCCGCACCUGCCUGGUGGCCACCGAGAACGGCGUCGCCCCCCUGCCCUGGAGCAAGAUCGCCACGCCCGAGUUCAUCGACAAGCCUAAGGCUGGAGGUGACAACACCCAGCAGGGCUCCGCUCCUGGAAGUGCAGCUGAGCCGGCAGCAGCCAGCGUGGCCGUGCCCCGUGGCACGGUGGACGUUUCGGUGCCCUAUGGCAAUGUGGCGGGCACCAUCCCGGGCUGCAAGGGCACCUCUCGGAAAUCGAGCCAGGGCAGGUACCCAGGGCUGAUCAAGGUGGAGCAGGCUGGACUGCAGAAGCAGCCAGGCACGCUGGCCAUGCCCAGCCUCUACGAGAUCAUCAGCCAGAACCUGGAGGGGGAGUACGUGGACCUGCUGGACUGCUCCCAGGAGCAGCUGCACCUCCUGUCCAGGUCCCUGCCACCCACUCCCCCUGUGGGGCCGAUGGGGACCGAGGCUGGGACAGCGUUUCCCUGGACAAAUGGGGGUCAAGGAGCAGAUGCCUGGCCCUGCGUGGGGACAUCAGGUUCGAAGGGGGGUCCCUGCACCCCGUGCCUGGGGAGGAAGCUGGGCCGGGAGCUGGGGCCACACGGCCUGCGGUGCCGCCACCGCGACUCCUACCUGGCCGCUCUGCAGAACCCGGUGAACUUCGGCCCCGGGCUGAUGACAGCCAUCCUGGAGGAGUCUGAUGGCCCCGGCCCUGAGCCACCCCCUGCCACCCAUCAUGAGACCCCCGUGCAGCACGGGAUGGGGGCUGACAGCCCCACACCACCCACCCACCAGCCUCACCAAGCCAGUCCCAGGGUGCCAGCAGAGGCACAGUCACAGCAGGGCAGCCCCCGGCUCUCCACGGGCUCCAGCCACAAAUUCUCCUUCCUGAGGGGCCCCCGGCUUGGGGCAGCCCCCGGGGAUGAAAAAGCCCCCAGCCAGCAGGAAGGGGCAUGGAAGAAGAUGACUGCCAUCUACUCACCCCGGAUGGGCAGAGCCAAGCCAGCUGGGAAAGGUACCAACCGAGCAGGGCUGGCAGAGGAACGGUCUCUGGAAAGUACCAGCUGCAGGAACGGUCCCCUGGUGCCCAGCACCCAGGAGCCACCAGCCUGGCAGGAGCUGCAUGCUGGGCUGCUGCACUCGGGCAUCGUGUGCCUGCCAGGGAGCUCAGACAGGCUGGGCAGGGCCCUGCUCCAGGUGACCACCAGUGGCAGUGCCUGGGGAGCUGCGUGGUGCUCAGCCAGCGAGCUGACAAGACUCAUCCUCUACCUCUGCUCCCUGCCCAGGCGAGGAGUGAAGGACUCAGGGCUGACCGUGGUGGUGGAUGCCAGGAAGCAGCUGCCAGCUCCUGCCCUGUUCUGUGCCCUCCGCUCUGCCCAGAGCACCUCUCCAGGCUGCAUCCACACCGUGCUGCUGCUGGCCGAGAAGGAGCUGGCUGCCCACCGUGAGAGGCUGCCCGGGGUGCAGGUGGAGACCCUGGGGUCGCUGAGGGCCCUGGGCCGCUUUGUCGACAGCUCCCAGCUGCCCCCGGAGCUGGACGGUGCCUUCCCCUACUGCCACGGCGAGUGGGUGCAAUUCUUCCAGAAGCUGCACCCCUUCAUGGCUGGCCUCAGGCAGGCAUCAGAGCUGCUGCAGAGCUGCAUCCAGGAGCUGCGUGGCACUGAGGCACUGGCAGGGACACAGGACGUGGCUGCCUGCAUCCAGAGGCACCAGGCGCUGAUGGGGAGCGUGCUGAGCGACCCUCAGCUGGUGCAGCUGCAGCGGGAAGGGGGCUCUGUCCUGGCCAGGCUGCGCAGGGAGGCUGCCCAGCUCCGUGCUUCAGCCCACGUUAGGACCAGCAUGGAGCUGGCCGAGGGGCUCUACAGCCAGCUGGAGGAGCAGCUCCAUGACCUGGUGUCCCAAUCCAAUGGCUGCCUGGAGCGCCUGGAGUCCCUCCGCAAGGUCCGGCAGCUUGAGGCUGAGUUCAGCAAGCUGGGCUGCUGGCUGGAUGGGGAGGCAGCAUCCAGGCUGCAGGAGAUGGGCACAGAGGAGCCAAACCCUGACAGCUCUCAGGGCUCUGCUGAGCGCUUCAACGAGUUCCUCACCCAGGCAACGGCUCGGUACCGGCAGGGGCUGGCCCUGUGUCAGGAGGCGGCGGAGCUCCGGGCCACGGCAUUCCCGGAGGCAGAUCCCUUCCGGGCGGCUGCGGCGCUUUUCCAGACCAAGCUAUUGGGCUUCCUGGGGCAGGUGGAGCGGCGGCAGGAGGAGCAGGAGCUGCUGCAGGAGCUCGGCCGCGUCUCCAGCAAGCUGGCAGGGCUGCAGCUGGACUGCAGGCAGUGCCCAGCCCGGGCACGGCGUGGCGAGGGCCAGGAGCUGCAGUGCCUGCAGAGCUCCUUCCAGAAGCUGUCGGUGGAGUUUGCCCUGGAGAAGCUGCAGGAGAUGAAGGCUCAGGUGCGGAGGAUGCAGAGCAGCCAGGGGCUGGCAGCUUGGACCGAGGCACGGCACAGGUACCAGGAGACCCGGCAGGUCCUGGAGGAGAUGCUGGCAGAGCUGCAGGAGGCCUGGGGAGCACAAGCUGAAGGGCAGGGAGAUGCCUUAAGCCCCCCUGGCUCAGGACCUGUAGCCCCUUGCAAGGAAGCUUCAUUCUGCAAAGCAGCCACCAGCCCCAGGCGGGUGGUGCUGGGGGGCCAAGGGCCAGCAGAGCAGCCAGAGCCCAGGGCCAAGCGGCCUGGACAGCCCCAGGCCAGCAGUGUUCCCAGCCCCACGCUGGGUGCAGAGCCAAGUUCCCCACAGCCCCACGGGCAGGGGGACCAUGCCCCCCACCACAGCUCUGCUGGCACCUCCCUGCCCAGACCCGAGGGCAGAGCCAGCCUGGGAGCUGCAGGACACCUCGCCCAGGAUUACAGCCAGCUCCCUCAGAGGCAUCCUUUCACCCUGCCUCCCCAGGCACGUUUUCUGGGUGCUGACCCAUUGUGUGCCCCCUCUGUGCCCCUCGGGACUGUCUCAGCCCCUGGCACACGGGGCCUGCCUGCAGAAGCCACUCAGUACUUCCAGGUUUCCAGCCAGAGCAGUUUGUCCUCUGAAGACUCGGACUCACAGACCUCCACUGAGGAGACCUCAGCAGUGAGCUUGGCUUUGCCCCAGGACCUCCAGGGUCCCAGACCACCUGGUCUCUCUGAAAAGCCCUCCCAGAUUGUUUACCUGGAGAACCACCACAGCAAGAGACCAGCUAAAGCCAAUGCCAAGUAAAACCAACCCCUUC